AUGGAGCUGCGGUCGGAGCUGCCUAGCGUGCCCGCCGCGCCCCCCCCGGUACCCCCCAGCUCGGUGGCGGCUGCGGCGGCCGCGGCGGCGGCCACGCUGCCGGUGAGCGUGGCCGGGAGCUUGCUGCGGGCGCCGCCGCUGCUGCUGCGGGCGGCCGAGAAAUACCCGCGGACGCCCAAGUGCGCCCGGUGCCGCAACCACGGGGUGGUGUCGGCGCUGAAGGGCCACAAGCGGUACUGUCGCUGGAAGGACUGCAUGUGCGCCAAGUGCACCCUCAUCGCCGAGCGCCAGCGCGUCAUGGCCGCUCAGGUGGCGCUGCGCCGGCAGCAGGCGCAGGAGGAGAACGAGGCCCGUGAGCUGCAGCUGCUCUACGGCACGGCCGAGGGGCUGGCGCUGGCGGCCGCCAACGGCAUCAUCCCGCCCCGGCCCGCGUACGAGGUGUUCGGCUCCGUCUGCGCCGGGGCCGGCGGCGAGGGAGGCGCCGGCGCCUCAGAGUCCAAGAUGCAGAAGUUCGAGCUGUUCCCCAAGACGCUGCUGCCGAGCCGCGCCGUCACUCCGCAGCAGGCGGGCGGGAAGCCCCUCUCCCCGGACGGCGAGUCCGUGCCCGGCACCUCCUCCCCAGAUGCUCGCCACGGCUCGGGCUCGGAGAACGGGGACGGCGAGUCCUUCCUGAGCUCACCCGUCUCCAAGGGCCCGAAGGAGGGGGAGGAGAGCCCGGGCUCCAUCAGCCCGCUGGGCUCGGACUCGGGCUCAGAGGCGGACAAGGACGAGCAGGACCCGUCGCCCUCGGCCGGCGGCCGGCAGCGGACUCCCAUCGACAUCCUGACGCGCGUCUUCCCGGCGCACAAGCGCAGCGUUCUGGAGCUGGUGCUGCAGGGCUGCGGCGGGGACGUGGUACAGGCCAUCGAGCAGAUCCUCAACAACCGCGGCCCGGAGAAGGGUCCCGAGGAGGGCUGGGCCCGGGACGGCGCCUUGCAGGGCCUGCCGCCCACCCCCGCGGCCGCCGCCGCCCACCACCGGCCCUUGAUCGCCGGAGCCAUGGCCCCGGCCAUCGGCACUCUGGGCAGCCGCUCCGCUUUCUCCCCGCUGCAGCCCAACGCCACGCACUUCGGGGCCGAGGCCGGCGCCUACCCCCUGGGCACCCACCUGGGACUGAACCCGCUGCGCCUCGCCUACUCGGCGCACAGCCGGGGACUGGCCUUCAUGACCCCCUACUCCACGGCCGGGCUGAUGCCCACGCUGGGGUUCCGGCCGCCCGUGGACUACGCCUUCAGCGACCUGAUGCGGGACCGCUCCGCCGUGCACAAGGAGCAGGUGUACUCCGGCGGGCUCUACGGGCCCAUGGUCAACAACACCCCCGAGAAGCAAUAGCGGCUUCCUAAAGCUCGUCUGUGUAGAGGUAGCUAGGUAGGCACGGGUGGACGGACGCGGGUGGCUCGCUCUCCCCCGUGCAGGCGGUGGUUGCGUGCAGAGCCCGGCGCGGACAGGCGUAGGUGUGUUAAGGUGAUAAAGGUGCACUUUCAUUGUCCAGACAUGAGUCACUCUUUGUUGCUUAUGGCCAUAAGCAUGGAUAUCCUCGGCGCGUCGUGGGGUGUGCACUCACGCGAGCGCUCCUUCCCACACACAUACAUAUAUAUAUAUAUGUAUACUAGCAAGUGUAUAAUGUUAUAAAAUGGAAAUCUAAGUUAUUAAUGUAACUCGUAGGUGAACUUGGUAUUAACGUUAAGCUAAAGGUUAGGCAGCGCAUUGUAAUACUUACCAGGCAUAUAGAUGAAACAUUGUCAAAUUGAAAACCUUUUCCUUCCCGCCCCCAGAAACGUUGCGGUCUGUAUAUAACAUUGGAAAGUAGAUAUAUUUGUAACUGUCCGUAGGACCCUGGCGCCAAUGGUGUACGAUGGUUUAAUAAGCCUCCUUCAUUUGUGAUCUGCAAGAAAAUUGCUUUCUUGUUCCGAUGUAGCAAACUUCUUGCUGUUUCUAACAGGUAAUUCUGUGUUUCCAUUUCAUAGAAAUAAAUGUUAUUUUCUAUUAAAAAAAAAAUCGGUCUUAUGAAUGGCAAGUGGUAUUUUAUGAGAUGAUGGAAGUGUGGUUUGGGAAAUUCAUUUGACAAGUACAUUCAAUAUUUAAAGGAGUUUAUGCAAAUAGUACAAACAUGUUUACUACAUUUUUAUCAUG